AUGGCUCCUCGGCGACGUCACAUCGGAGCUAGUCGCAGACAGAGGCGAGAUGAGGAAGGCGAGGAUGAGGGUCCGCCGGCGGCCGAAGUAGAGGAUGACUCUUUGAGUGAGGGAUCAGCAGAGAGCCACCAAGAUGACGAAGAUGCGGAUGUCGAGGCUAGUGAAACGGAGGAUGAAGUAACGGCAGGUCCGGACAAACUGAACGGCAAGAAGCUCAACGGCCGGGAACAGCGUUACAUAUCCCCAUCACCCGACAAGCCAGGGCUCAAGGCAACGGCAUCGGAUACGGAGGCAAUGUUGAACGGGUUGACGAUAUCCAACGAUACCGAAGAGGAUUCACUCGGUCAGAUCAACGACAACCAAGAACCACCCACGUCUCGCACGCCUUCGGCUCCUCCCACCGAGUCCAAGCGGGAACCACUCGCUACGAAAAAAAAGCGGGAGAACGAUAAAUAUGUCAAGGAGCGGGAACAGAACCCAGCGUUUGUGCCGACGAAAGGUAGCUUUUUCCUCCACGACAAUCGGGCUGCGGAGACAGGCUCGAAUGGUCGUUCUUCCAACUCCAACAAGAGCAAAUCACGUCCAUUCGGGUUGAUUGUGGAUGGGAAUGCACGCAGAAAUUCCUCGAAGGCCGAUGCUAGCGGGGGGCUGUGGCGCCAUGAUCUCCAUGAUACUGUUGCGGGAGAUGAUCCACCCGUUUCGAAGCAAGCAUCGUCGUUGGGUGCCCCUCCGCCUUCGACAGCUGUUCCAACCGCUCCAAGGUCUUCGCCGCCAAAUCGGUCUUUCUCUAGCACUACACUCGUUGGCAAUGUACCCGUGAUAGUCAGCCUCCCGGGCAUGGACCAGCCAAAGUCAUUUCCCGCAGUUCCCAAAAAUCAGCAUACCCGCCUUCCUCAGCAUCGCCCUCCCUUGCGCCGGGAUAAACCGGUGCGGAUAUCUCUCCCGGACCAUCUUCCUCGCUACAUUUUCCCAUCAACUGAGAGAUCCUUCAUUUUUAUUCCUCGUGCGCUACGACCAAAUCAGCAGGGCUACCGCGGCCGAGGCCGUGGGAGUGGAUUCUACCCCCAGCGGCGACAAAGCUACUACCCUGGCAGCUAUACGCCUAGUGUUGUUAGUCGGCGAUCAUCAUUUGGUGUGGCCCCAUCCCAAGAUGGGUAUCCUUCACCAGCUGGCUCAGUCUAUUCUCGUCCUGUUCAGCCAAUGCCACCCAUGUUCCCUCUUGAACCUAAUAAGCCAGUGGUUCGUCUACCGCCGCACCCUCGUCCUCCGAUGGGGAUGCCACCUCCAGGCAUGCCCAUGAUGCCAGCAGGGCCCGGUCCAGUGCCGCCGAGUUUGCCGCUGCCUUUCCCUGCCUACCGUGAAGGUCGCCCUGCUCAGACCAUGCAUCAGCCUCGACCCAAAAAACCUGUCUCUGUGGCCGAUAUUGAGAGCCCUGCCACAUACGCUCUCAACCAAUCUCGGCCUCCGCCCGAGCAGCCGUUCCAUCAUCAAGUCCCGGUGGCCACCAACGGCCCUGGACCUGGCCCUGACGGGACUGCCCAUGAUCCUACCGGUCAGCCAUCCGCAACACCACUCUCUCAGAUUCCCGAGCGGGCUAUUCACGCCGUGCCUUUCAACCCCUAUGGCUACCAGCAGCCUGGCAACCUAUGCCAUACAUGGUCCCCCCCCUCGUCUGGGGAGCAGUCAGCACAAGGGACUGUGGCGCAUGAGUUGAAUGGCACUGUGUACUUCCAUCCAAACCCCAGUGCUAAUUACGGGGCGCCCCAUGGACAAGGUCCCGGUGGUGUAGUGGGGAUGGGCGGCAUGAUUACGCCCCCAGGCGCCACCUAUUACUAUCCCCAACCGCCGGGCGGCGGGGCAGUGUUCUACGGGCAACCGUGA